AUGAGUCUCGUUCACACCGUCACCACCAGCGCAGCACCCAUCACAAGCAGCACCAAGUCCACAGCCAUGCCGUCGCAUCCGUCGGAUCCCACUAGCGCCUCUUCCGCCGCCAUGUCGUCGCAGUCGCUCUUGCUCGCGCCCCUCCAGUCGUCCACCUCGUCCAAUGUGGCCAUCACCCCGAGCAAGGCCCGCAAACAGGCCCAGGCACAACGCACCCGCCUCGUGGCACUCUCCAAACACCUCAUGACACGGCUGCAGUACGCCAACUUCAAGGUCGAACACGGCUGGUCCAAACAAUCGCUCUCCGAAGUCGAAAACCUCUACUACCGCCAGAACCAGUCGGCAGGCACCACCUCCAACGCAACAGCUCGGACGCAAAAGAGCAACUCCACCUCGCCCGCCAGCGGCACCAGCAAGGCACCUGCAACGCCCAGCGCCGCAACAGCGCACGGUCAGAAGGGCGUAGGCUCGAGGCUCUUCAAGGAUGCCGCCAUCAAGAAGAUCGACGUCGAAGGCGGCGACGUCUUUGGCGGCUACGGCCUCGCCACGCCUCCGGCUUCCGCAGGCAGUGCGCCAGGCGCCACCUCGUACCUUUCGAGCAAGCGCGGACGCUCCACCUCCUCGACGCCCAUCUCGCCCCCCAACACGAGUGCUCACUCCUCUGCCUCCAAAGGUGGCGACGCAGCAUCGGCGCCAAAGCGCUCGCCAAACGGCAACUCCCACACUUCCGGCAGCGGCUCACGCGCAUCGCACGUCGCCUCAUCGGGCGCGACCAAGGUCUCGAAUCCCCCGGCGGCUGCAGGCGGAGCAACGAGCUACGCCGACUUUUGGAGCCGCGUAGGAAGCUCAGCCGCUGCAUCGUCGACUGCCGUCAAUGCUGCAUCUUCCAGAAGCGCCAGCCCGAGCAAGAAGCGCAGCGCUGACGACGUAGUGGCGGCGGACGGUGCAAAUGGCCCCGACGCCAGUGCCGCACCCGUGUCUCCUGCAGGAAAAGAAGCUGGAAGCUCGAGCCCGAGCAAGCGCGUUCGCAUGGACACCGAUGCGGACCGCACCAGCUCGUGGUCGGCCACCAGCAGCCCUGCCAAGGCGGCGCUUGCGGAACGAGGACCUAGCUUCGCCAGCAGCGUGCGCAGACACUGA